AUCACCGGGCAGUGAUCCUAUACGCAUGUCUGACUUAAAAAUAAUUGUUGACAAGAUUAGCCCUGUAUUAUCUAAUCUGAUAAAUCUAUCUGUAAAAUAUCACAAAUUUCCACAAAAAUUAAAGGAAGCAAUCGUUCGUCCGGUCUAUAAGAGAGGCGAUCGUAAAGUUUUUUCGAAUUAUAGACCAAUAGCUAUACUAUCAAGUAUUGACAAAAUUAUGGAAAAAUGUGUUGUCAAUGAAAUUGGAACUUUUUUACAAAAAAAUAAUAUCUUAACGGAAUGUCAACAUGGCUUAAAGAAAAAUAAAAGCACCAACACCUUAUUAUCAAAUUUUACAGACGAAAUUAAUGCACAUUUGGAAAAUAAAAAAAAUAUUGUAGCUAUUUUUUAUGAUUUUAAGAAGGCUUUUGAUACCUUAAAUACUGAGACCCUCUUAAAUGGAAUGGAGGAGUGCGGCCUGGGGCAGCCGUUGAACCCUUGGUUCAGCGACUGUCUCACGGCGCGCUCUUACCGUGUGAAAGUCGGCGAUGCAUUCAGUGAGGAGAAACAAGUAAACUGCGGCGUCCCCCAGGGUUCUGGGUGUGGGCCAGUGUGCUACCUGAUGUAUGUAAAUAGCCUCUGUGAAGUAUUACGUCACUGCUCGGCCCACAUGUUUGCUGAUGACCUUUGUACUCUCAGCGCUAGUACCGACCUCUCGGAGGUGUGUCGCCGGGUUCAAGAGGAUGUGGAUGCGGUAGUUAAAUGGUCACAUGAUAACGGCAUCAUAUUAAACGCUGACAAAACAAAGAUGAUAAUUAUUCACUCCCCGUAUUUAAGUUCUAUUGAUAAUCCACCGCCUCUUUUUGCGCACGGCUUUGAUUGCUUUCAUAACAACAAAAUUAACUGUACGUGUAAACCUAUCGAAAAAGUUAAUUGUGUAAAUUAUCUAGGAGUAAAAAUAGAUACGUCUUUUUCUUGGGAUUCCCAUAUAGAAUUUUUGUGUAGAAAACUAACAAUUUUAUUAGAAAAGUUUUACCAUUUACGUACUAAAGUCUCAUUGCCCAUACUAAAAUGUUUAUAUUUUGCACUUGUGGAUUCCAUAAUAGGUUACGCUCUUGACUGCUAUGGGUUAACAUUUAAAACAUACAUUGAUAAAGUAGAAUCAUUACAAAUAAGAUUUUAAAAAUUACUAGUAAAUAAAAAGACAAGGAAUCAAUGUAAAGGAGAUUAUUAUAAACUAUUCAAAAUAUGUAAAAUUUUACCGGCUAGCCUGAAACAUAGAUUCCUUGUACUUGUAAAUAACCAUGGUAAGCAGGAUCGUUUUACUAGUUUGGUGCAUCAUAUAACUGACACAAGGUCAAUGUCCAAAGGUAAAUUUGAAAUACCCAUGGUGCAAAAUUAUUAUGGAGAUAGAACGUUGAAGAAGCGGAUUCCAUACUUGCUCAAUAGUUUACCCGAGGACAUAA